AGUGUGAAUUCCCGGCAUGUGGUUCCUACAAACAUUUUAAUAUUUGUAGAAGCUCAAUAUGAACAGCAAGGGUUUCCCCCACUUGAUUGAUUGCUUCAUGCAAGGUGGUGUUGCCUUCUCCUGCGAGUGAACGCCUGGAACGGAAAACUCUUAUACGGUGAUUGGAUGAGCGUUUGACAAUUCCGGUAGGCAAAGCCCACGUUAUAAUAGCCUAUCGGCUAAUAAAUAUAUAAAGUUUAUAAUCUCCCAAGCUCAAUAUUGAACAGCAAGGGUUUACCCGACUUGAUUGAUUGCUUCAUGCAAGGUGGUGUUGCCUUCUCCUGCGAGUGAACGCCUCGAACGGAAAACUCUUAGACGGUGACCGGAUGAGCGUGAGACAAUUCCGGUGAAACAGCGAGGCAAGGUGAGGCUCUUAUUCAGAAUGCAAACACAAAUAUUUAAGUUUUCAAUUUUCAGCGAUACAGAAAGUCAUUAAGAUUUUGCAGAGGUCAAAACGUCCGGCAAAAAAUUAAGGACAAAAAUUUCGAACCCUAACUAAUUCCAUGCAAACUAUAUCCAGAAACGGUCUAUUUUCACAGGUGAUUUUUAGGGUUUAUGUCAUUUUUUUAGCCGAGCAGAUAUUUCGCAAUUUUUAAACACGUUAACACGAAUUUGCAGAGUUCUACCCGCAAUUAAUCGGCCAAAGUCGUUGACUGAUAGUCAACGAUUUUUUGGCUCGACUUUGGGGAAAAAAUCAGCAUUUCUGACGAUUCGCUGAAAAAUAAAUUCGUUAAUCUAUUAAGUGCAGAUGAUGUAAGGAGUGAGAAAAAAUGCUAUUUUAUAAGCAGAGAGCUUAAUAUUUGUCUGUUAAUUAUUUCUUCAACUUAAUUAAGGCUGGCGCUGAAUUAUUCUCACAAAAAGUGGCCUUGGUUGAAUAGCAUGCCAAUGCCGGUUGAUGAGUAAUUUUUAGGGCAUACAAAAGCAAAAUUGAGGUCCUUGAUAUGAGGAACGAGACAAGUCUGAUUUCCUCUGAAGAGAAAGAAGAAGAAGAUGAGGAAGAUUAUGAGGAUGACCAUGGAGAAAAUCCAAUUUUCGGAUUUAUGUUUGGAAAUGUUGAUAAUUCUGGGGAGCUUGACGUGGAUUACCUUGAUGAGGAUGCAAAGGGACAUCUUUCUGCUUUGGCAAACAAGCUUGGUCCAUCUCUUACUGAUCUUGAAGAAUCUGUCAAAGAAAGAUCAUCAAUUUUUUCAGAUACAACCGAGCAAGAAGAUUAUGAUAAAAAAUCUGAGAAUGCUGUGGAUUAUGAGGAUAUCCAAGAACAGUAUGAGGGGCCUGAGGUACAGACAGGCUUAGGUGAAGAUCGGGGAUUCUCAAGAGAUGAAUACUUUUAUGCUGAAGCUGCCUUGGCUGGACCUUCCUCAAAUCUGGUGGCUUCUGUUUUAGACGAAGACAAUUAUGAUGACGAGGAAGAAGGGGCAGAUGAGAAGGAUGCUGAGCCAAUGGAGAUACCUUUUGAAGUGCAGACUACGACAGAGGAACAGAUUUCUUUGAUCGAAGCAGUAAAUGAGAAUGACAAUAAUGAAGAUACUACAGAGACUGAAUCAACAACUGCAGAUAAGUGGGAAUGUGGGCUCCCAAUACUGUGCAAGGAGGAUGGAAAGGUUGUCUUGCGCUUCUCUGAAAUUUUUGGGGCUAGGGAGUCUUACAGAGUGGGGGAGAAAAAGAGAAGUCAAAAAUAUAAAAUAUUGAAGGAUCAGGUUUGUGCGUUGGAAAAUGCUGAUGUUUUGGAAGAAGACGAAGAAUUGUAUUUGAAGGGCCAUUAUUCAAGAUAUAAUGCGUGUAAAUCUGUCAACCUGAUUCAACAAGGAUAUCAAGAGGAAAUAGACGAUUCAUUGGAAGAUAUUAGUCAUGGCAAUAUGCACCGUGUCUGCACUUCCCCUUGGGAUGAGGUUGAUUGGCAGGGUACAAAGCAUUCUUGUGUCUGGGCCCAACCAAUGAAAGACAAUGGGACUGCAGAUUUUCUUGGGGAUCACAUUGAGCCGCUUUUAUCGCCUAAUUUCUAUUCCCUUGAUCAACAAGAAUGGGAAGCUGGUAUUUUAUGGGACAGUCCUCUUAAAAGCUCUAAGUUGGUUGAAGCAGAUGACACUCCUAUGGAAUGGCAUGAUGAAGAGGAUAUGGACAUUAGUAUAGAGAAAGGUAAAAAUGAAUCUGAAUGUUUAGAAAGACAGGUGCAAACUGCUAUUGAGAGAAGCCAUUCAAACUACUUGCUUGGUUACCCAAUUUAUGUGGAGUCAUUUGAUCAGAAAUCAUCUGUAGAAGACAAAAGGUCAACAAGCUCAAGAAGGGUUUGGCAUCCUCAAAUGCUUAGAUUGGAGUUGCUUUCAAAGAUGGAUAAAGAACGGGAUCAGAGGACAGAGGAAUCAAAAGCUGGGGAAGCAACAUUUGGAGAUAUAAUUAAGAAAUUGAAAAAACUGUCUUUGCAAAAUAGUGAUUUGUUGGAUGGUUCUUGGGUGGAUAAGAUUGUUUGGGAAGGCGGUGAAGAUGCUCCAAUAGCUAAAUUGAUUUUCAAUCUUCAAGAUGAUCAAAUGUUGUUUGAGAUAGUGGAUGCUAAAGAAGGUAGACAUCUACGGACUCAUGCAGCAGCUAUGUUUAUUUCUCCCUCAUCUAAAACAGGUGAAACAGGAGAGCUUGCCAAUCAAGCUUCUUCCAUUGCUAGAUUUAAUAUCUCCAAUGACAAAUAUUAUUCAAUUCGGAAAACCUCUCAGCAACAACAGAAAUCUCAUACAAAGAAGCGGGCAUUUCAUGGAAUCAAAAUUGUGCAUUCUCUGCCGGCCAUGAGAUUGCAGACAAUGAAGCCAAAAUUGAGCAAUAAGGACUUGGCUAAUUUUCAUCGACCAAAGGCUCUGUGGUAUCCACACCAUAAUGAAGUUGCUGCUAAAGAGCAGGGGAACCUUUUUGCACAAGGACCUAUGAAAAUUAUUGUAAUGAGCAUGGGAGGGAAAGCAAGUAAGCUUCAUGUGGACGCAGCAGAGACACUGGAGUCUGUGAAAGGAAAAGCUGCUAAAAAAUUAGAUUUUAAACCUUCGGAGAAGAUCAAAUUUGUGUAUUCUGGGAGGGAACUACAGGAAGGAAUGUCUCUUUCCCAGCAGGAUGUGAGGCCAAAUUCAAUUCUUCAUCUUGUGCGUACGAAAAUUCAUCCAUGGCCAAAGGCGCAAAGGUUGCCUGGUGAAAACAAGCCUCUACGUCCACCUGGUGCAUUCAAGAAAAAGUCAGAGCUUUCAGUGAAAGAUGGACAUAUUUUUCUCAUGGAGUACUGUGAAGAAAGACCUCUUUUAUUAGGAAAUGCUGGCAUGGGUGCUCGAUUAUCUACAUACUACCAGAAGCUAACAUCUUCUGACCAAAAUGCAGCUUUGUUGCGAAAUGGAUCAAAUUGUUCAGGCACGAUUAUUCAGUUAGAGCCAACAGAUAAAUCUCCAUUUCUUGGAGAUAUUAAGCCUGGUUGCAGUCAGUCCUGUCUUGAAACAAAUAUGUACCGUGCACCAGUAUUUCCUCACAAGGUUGCAUCAACAGACUUUCUCUUAGUCCGUUCAGCAAAAGGGAAAAUUUCUUUAAGACGAAUUGACCAUCUACAUGUUGUAGGGCAGCAGGAGCCUCAUAUUGAAGUACUUUCUCCAGGCUCUAAAAAUGUUCAAAAUUAUAUGGUAAAUAGGCUGUUGGUGUACAUCUAUCGCGAGUUUCGUGCUACAGAGAAGCCUCGGAGUAUUCCUUUUCUACGAGCGAAUGAAUUGGCCGCACAGUUCCCAAAUUAUUCGGAGUCUUUUCUUAGGAAGCGGCUAAAGCACUGUGCAGAUCUUCAGAAGGGACCAAGUGGUGAAAUGUUAUGGCUAAUGAAGCGGAAUUUCCGUAUCCCAUCUGAGGAAGAAUUGAGAAGGAUGGUGACACCUGAGAAUGUGUGUGCAUAUGAGAGCAUGCAAGCUGGUUUGCAUCACCUUAAACGCCUUGGAAUCAACAAACUCACUAUGGCAUCAGGUCUUGCUUCGGCUAUGAAUCAACUUCCAGACGAAGCUAUUGCACUUGCUGCUGCAUCACAUAUUGAGAGGGAGCUUCAGAUAACAUCAUGGAAUUUGAGUUAUAAUUUUGUUGCCUCCACUUUGCAGGGUCGUGAAUGUAUUGAACGUUUAGAAAUUACAGGAAGCGGAGAUCCCUCAGGUCGGGGCCUUGGCUUUAGCUAUAUCCGUGUUGCACCAAAGCCACCGGUAUCAAGUGCUUUGGUUAAGAAAAAGGCAGCUGCUGCACGUGGUGGUUCUGCUGUUACUGGUACUGAUGCUGAUCUCAGAAGACUUAGCAUGGAUGCAGCUCGUGAGGUUCUGCUCAAGUUUAAUGUUGAUGAGGAUCAGAUUGACAAAAUGACUAGGUGGCAUCGCAUUGCUAUGGUUAGAAAACUUUCAAGUGAACAGGCUGCUUCAGGGGUGAAAGUUGAUGCAACAACAUUGAACAAGUUUGCACGGGGACAACGCAUGUCAUUUCUUCAGCUUCAGCAACAAGCACGUGAAAAGUGCCAAGAAAUUUGGGAUCGCCAAUUUCAGAGUCUGUCAGCUGCUGAGAAUGAGGAUGUUGAAAGUGAUGUUGAUGCAAACAGUGAUUUAGACUCCUUUGCUGGAGAUCUGGAGAAUUUAUUGGAUGCAGAGGAAGGUGAGGAUGGGGAAGUUGGUGACUCUUCAGCUAAAAAGGAUAAAAGAGAGAUUGCUAGAGGAUAUGGUGUAAGGAGGAGAACCUCUCAGGCACAGGCAGAAGAAGAAAUUGAAGAUGAAGAAGCAGAAGCAGCAGAACUAUGUCGGAUGCUCAUGGAUGAUGAUGAAGCAGAAGAACAAAAGAAAAAAAAGGCAGGAACUAGUUUUAAAGGGAAAAGAGAUCAAGACAUGCAGGAGUCCCAGAAGGAUUUGACCCUGUGGAAUAAGGAUGAUAAUUGCAGAAAGACAAAGAAGGUAUUCAAGCGCAUUAUUCACACAACGAAACCAGAUGGCACCAGGACAACAAGGGAGGUUCUUAUCACUGAUCCAAAAGAGGUGGAAAAAUAUUUUGCGAAUAAGAAUGUAUCACAGAAAGGAAAGAAAAAUAGUGGAAAUAAUGCGACUUUGAAGGGAUUGGUUCUUAAGAAAAAGAGUCUCCCAAACAAAGAUAUUAAGAAGACCUCAAAAGUCACAAAACAAAAGGAUAAACCAGUGAGAGAGGGCUUCAUUUGUGGUGCAUGUGGGCAGUCAGGGCACAUGCGAACAAACAAGAGAUGCCCUUCAUAUAAUGAAGAUACGGAUGCAAAUGUAGAAAAGCUAGAGGGGGAUUCUCAGAAACGAGUGUGUGCCUCUGGUGAAGAAGUGCCUGCCAAUCAUGCAUCAAAAGCCAAAGUGAGGAAAACGCCUGUCAAAAUCCUUCAGCAAGUAGCAAAUAUUCACUCAGAUGUUCAGAAGGCUGAAGAUGUAAAUCUGAGUAACAAGUUGCAUGGAAAAACCUUCCCUCUGAAGUUCAUAUGUCGGACUGCCAGUGAUAAGAGCACAGAUUACAUAGGUAUAAAUGAGAGUAACAAUGCAGAUGGCGGGGAUGAAAUGGUUGCUGCUGAUGAAAUUAGAACACAGUUAUCUCAUGCUAAGAAAGUAAAGAUUUCAACAAAAUCCAAAAAACUCAAAGAGAGUGAAACAGCAUCUUGGAAGUUGGGAUCUGGACAGAAUGAUGUCAAUGCAGUACAGAUUCAUGCACAUAAAAAGGCCUCUGAAGUAGAGAAAGAGCACAAAAUUCCCAAAAUUAAGUUCAAGAAGCCAAAGGAAUUUCCGAGUGAUGAGCAGAGAAGACUAAUUGAGAUUGAAAAGGAAAUAGAAGAGCAGGAGCAACGUGAGAAAGAGGAAGCUGAAGAAAGAAGAAUACAAGAGGCAUUGGAAAGACAGAGAGAGAGGAGAGCAAGAGAAGAGAAGGCAAUGUGGGAGGAAAAAGAAAAAAAGAGAUUAAGAGAUGAGAGGGAGAAAGAGAAGAGAAGAUUACAGGAAGAGGAAAAAGAAAGGCAGAGAAUCCUGGAAGAAGAAAAUAUGAGGAAUUUAUGGCGAGCAGAAGAAGAGAGGAGAAUUUGGGCAGAGAGGCAGCGACAAGCGGAAGAAUUAAAUUUAUGGGUAGAGAAGAAGCGACAAGAGGAAGAAAGAAAUUUAAAUUGGGCAAAGCAGAGGCAACAAGAGGCUGCAGCAGCAGCAAAGAAAAGAGAAGAAUUUGAAAAAAAAGAACGGAAGAAAGUGAAACAGAAAGAAAGAGAAAAGAUGGAAAAGCAGAGAGAAAGAGAUGAAUAUGAAAAGACAAAUAGGCAUAAGAGACAAGAUAGAAGAAUGCCUGAAAGAGACAGGGGAGUCAAAAGGCGUUCUCAAUUGGAGAUUGGACGAUAUUCUUCAGAUUAUGGCCAAUCUUCAAAGCGACGAAGAGGAGGAGAGGCUAAUUUGUCCAAAGCAUUGGAAACCAUAGUGGACAAGCUUAGAAAUCAGACUGACGUGUCAUUUUUGUUUCUAAAACCUGUAACCAAGAAGGAGGCCCCAGACUAUUUUAAUUAUGUGGAACAUCCAAUGGAUCUCACUACAAUUAAGCAGAAAGUUAAAAGGCUUGAUUACAAAAGUCGAGAUGAAUUUCGACAAGAUGUUGCUCUAAUUGCAGAUAAUGCACACACAUAUAAUGAUGGUAGAAAUCCUGGCAUUCCUCCACUUGCAGAUCAGCUUCUUGCAUUUUGUGAUGAACUCUUAGAGACAUAUGAUGGAGAAUGAUGUAUAAAUGGUGUACAGCUUCCUGACUAUUCAGUGUUAAGGCUAUAAUGGCACGUACAAUGAGAUGCUGGAGUUGAUUUGAGCUACAAUGCAAGAUCCUGAUGCAGAAGUGCAUUGCCAGCUGCAUGUCUGAUUGUGUAAAGAGGAUUUCUAGCUCAACAAUGUAUUAUGCUCUCUGGAUCGUUUUCAAGCACAUCGGCUUCUUAUUGAAUUAACUCCUGAUUGAUAUUUGUAAUUAAAUAAGUAGAAAUCCACGUAAGAUGUAUAGUAAUCAGUUGCUUUCCAGCAAUCAGUGGGUCUCUGUUUAAAAGGAGAAUUCAGCUUAAAAUUAUUUUCUAAAUGAGUCUAGCAUGUGCCAUUGCGUUUCUUUUUAAUUUUUUUUUUGCCUUUGAUUUCAGUUUGUGCGCAAGAGAUCUACUUUUCUUCGAAGGAAGGAAAAAAAAUGAAGACAUGUAAAUCUUAAUUUCCACAAACUAUUUUUUUGAGGUUAACGUUUUUGAAAAUACUUGCAUUCAUAUA